AGUAUGUUCUAAUGAGAAAUAACAAUUUUAUUAUCUUCUUUCUAGAAGAGCUAAUCUCCACUGCUGUCUCUUGAUGCAGUCAAAUUGCAAAGAGCCUAACAUUGCGCAGAAGGACUAUAGAGCUGUGGAAGUAACAGAGAAAAAGGAAGUUCCUGCGGCCAUGUGGGUAGUUUCAGCAGAGCCUAACUUUGAUCAAACUGAGAACAAAAUUUCAGCCAGUAAGGAGAUUAAAGGACCAGCAGAGGCAGUUGCAACAGCUAGAGAACCUCAUGAUUCCCCCAUGCCUAAGGAAGUCCGAAAGGAGUGGACUUGUGAUAUAUGUCAGCUAACUACUCAAAGUGAGAAAAACUUAAAUUCACACCUUCAAGGAAAGAAACACAAGGCCGCUUACGAGGCAUUCAAAGCAAAGAACCAGCCAAACAUGGUCUCAGAUUCAACUGCAAAGAAAACUGAGCAGCCAGUUGAGGAGCUGUUAAAGAUUGUAUCCACCAAAGGAGUGAAGCAGAGAACUAUUACGAAUCAAGAAGAGAAACAGCAAGGCCAGCCAAAGAGUGUUUUGGCUUCAACUGCAAAGAAAUCUGAUCAGCUCAAAAAAGAGGAGCUAGAAAAGAGAGUUUCAACAAUGGACCAGAACAGAAGAAAGAAGUUGUUAGUGUGAAAGAAUCCACUUUAAGGUGCAACAUUUGUAAUAUAAGCUGCACCGGAGAAAACAACUUAGUUUCUCACUUUAAUGGGAGGAAGCACUUGGCUCAGAUUCAGUUACUCACUGAACAAUUUUUUGGCGGACAUGCUGACCAAUUUUUGUGGUUCAUAUCACUGACACGGAAACCAUUGUGCUUGUUAUGAACGUGAAGAUGUUAGCUUAAAAUGAGCAUGUUUGUUUUACUCUUUAAUUUUAGCUGAUUGCAUUCACUGAAGCUGAAAUGUAGAACCUUAGAUUGUGAAAUCCAGUGCAAUAAAAUUUUCUUGUGAUUU